GGACACACACCGCGUUCCCAGCGCCCGCACGCUCUGAGCAACUUCGAACGCGCCGAGGUCGCCGAGGGAGCAGGGACGAGCAUGGCGACGAGCGCGCGCGGCGGCGGCGAGGGAGAGGCGGCGGCGGGGGGCGGCGGAGGAGGGGGAGCUGCGGCGGAGAUGGAGGUGGAGGCGUACCGGCGCCUCUUCCCCGUCGCCUACUUCGAGCGCCACCUCCGCGAGUCCGUGCGCCUCGACGCGCGCCCCCUCGCCUCCCCGCGCGACACCUCCGUAGCCCUCGGCCUCGUCGGCUCCGCCGACGGGUCCGCCCUCGUCAAGUUCGGCGACACUACUAUGGUGGCUGCUAUCAAACUUGAGGUGAUGACCCCUCCGGCAGAAUCUUCAGAUGAGGGUUCCGUUGCCGUCGAGUUCUACAUGCCGCCAAUUUGUUCUCCGACCGUUAGGCCCGGGAGGUCGGCUGAGGUGGCGCCCGUCAUCUCUAAGCAGUUGUCGGACGUCAUUAUGAGUUCUGGGAUGAUAAACUUGAAGGACCUGUGCUUAAUAAAUGGAAAAGCCUCAUGGAUAGCCUACUUGGAUAUCUACUGUCUGAAUGCUGACGGCUCUCUCUUUGAUGCUGCGCUAGUUUCAACAGUCGCUGCAUUCACACACCUGGAAAUCCCUCUAGUUUCGGUCAGUGACGAUGGAAGAGUAGUCACUGUGCCGGGGGAACUUGAAGGCAAAACUAAACUUCCGUUGGUCAACAAAGAUAAGAGGAAGCUCAUGCUCAACAAUGUCCCCUUUUCCCUCACAUGCGGACUCCAUAAGGAACAUAUCUUGGUAGAUCCCACUGCCGAAGAGGAAUCCAUAAUAGAGACCUUUGUUACUGUCGUGCUAGAUACUUUGGGUCGCGUCGUUUCUGUAUACAAACCGGGAGGUUCUGUUCUUGCCUACACAUCGAUUCUUAAGGAGUGCAUCACUCUCGCUAAACGUAGGGCGCAGCAGCUAAGGAAUAUCUUGAAUGAAUCCGUUUCCGCCAUGGAAGUUGAUAAAUCUUCGUAAGUACUACUAAUGUUAAUCAAAUCACUUUUUACGUAUUCUUUUCUGAUUCUGAAAUGUGAAAAGGAAACAUCUGUUUUUGUGCGAUACAUUUAACCUGUUACAUCAAAUAGUUUAGGGAAAAUGUUAGAAAUAAUAGUGAUGUGAUGUGACAUGCUAACAACUUAUGAGAAUGGGAAUUGGCAUGUAUCUGAGUUUAUCUUCUUUGAUUGUGUUUAUAA